AUGGCGAUCCCAGCUGUUGUGACUAUUCUUCCGAUGGGCAUAUUAUUCAUUCUCUCAGGCCUCAUUGUUAAUCUCAUGCAGGCAAUUCUUUUCAUCCUUAUUCGUCCUAUAUCAAAGAAACUGUACAGAAAGAUCAACAAAGAAGUUGCAGAAUUACUGUGGUUGGAACUCAUAUGGCUCAUUGAUUGGUGGGCGGGCAUCAAGGUUGAGUUGUAUGCAGACCCAGAUACUUUCCAAAUGAUGGGUAGAGAACAUGCACUUCUCAUUUGUAAUCACAAAAGUGACAUCGAUUGGCUUGUUGGAUGGGUCAUAGCUCAGCGCUCGGGUUGCCUAGGUAGUGCAUUGGCGAUCAUGAAGAAAGAAGUUAUGUUCCUCCCAGUCAUAGGUUGGUCAAUGUGGUUUUGUGAAUAUAUUUUCCUGGAAAGAAGCUGGUCUAAAGAUGAAAGAACUUUAAAGUCAGGUUUUCAAUGACUCGAGGAUUUCCCUAUGCCCUUUUGGUUGGCUCUCUUUGUAGAAGGAACACAUUUUGCACAGUCAAAGCUCAUGGCAGCACAAGAGUAUGCUGUCAGAGGAUUGCCUGUUCCUAGGAAUGUCUUGCUUCCACGUACAAAGGGGUUUAUUGCAUCAGUAAGUCAUAUGCGCUCAUUUGUUCCAGCAAUAUAUGAUUGUACAUUAGCUAUUCCCAACAAUCAGCCACCACCUACACUAUUGAGAAUGUUCAGAGGUCAAUCUUCUGUGGUAAAAUUACAAAUCACGAGACAUUCAAUGCAAGACUUACCAGAAUCAGGCGACGGAAUUGGACAGUGGUCUAAGGAUGUAUUUGUUACUAAGGAUGUUGUAUUGGAGAAGUAUUAUUCUAAAGCCACAUUCAUUGACUCUCAAGGUUUUUCCAUUUCCUUGCUAUUAUAGGUUGUCAUAGUCUGGUUUUGUCUUCUUGGCUAUGGAAUGUUCAAGUUCAUUCAAUGGUCUUCCUUACUGUCCACAUGGGAAGGCAUUGCAUUUUCGGUGACCGUAUUGUUUUUUGUUGUAAUCCUUAUGCAAAUUCGUAUCCAGUCAUCUGAAUCGGAGUGUUCUACACCUCUCAAGGCGCCACCAAAAGACCCGGUGCAGGAGCGACUAACUCUAUCGUUAAAUGGGAGAAAAGAAGGAAUUUGAGCUUAAAGUCAACAAAGGAUUGCUACUAUGCUUGCUAUCCUGAAUUUCCAGAAAAUUGUCUAUGAUGUGCACUGACUUCGCAGAUUAAACUGUACCUGCUCACAAGGAAUUAGAAGGC